AUGGAAUUGUCCAACUUCACCGCUCUUCUUCUUCAAAACAAGCUGAUAAGUCCGAGUGAACUGGCACAACCAUGGAUGUUGAUCACUUUCGGAUCGAUAAUGUUUGUGGUGAGUUGAAUGAAGAUGAAGAAAUACAGUUAAUCUCUGGCGCGCCAAAAUACAAAAAUGGAGAGUUGUGUUUCAAGUCAUCGCUAUGAAACUGAAAAUAAUUUUAAUAUUGCUCUACGAAGAUGAUUAUACACAACCCCUACCGUAGUUUUAAGUUUAAAGGCGCAUCACUGAUUGUGCAAUCAAUUCUUACAAAGUGAAACUCGCACAGUGAUAAAUUACAAACAAAUCAGUUUCAAAUUGAGCAUAUGAAACUGCAAAUAUCCUAUGAUCUUGUACAGGCCUCAAUACUCGGAAUCAUUGUCAAUCUACAAGUCCUCUACAGUUACACCCAUCAGAAAAUGUCGAGUUUUCUGAUAAUGUGCUCUUCGAAAACGAUUUCAAACGUCCUAAUUAUCAUCGGAUAUCUCUUCUACAACGCUCCAAUCACUAUAUUGUAGGUUUUACGGUACUUGACAUGCAAAAAUAUCCGAUUUUCAUUGUAGCCACAUCUUCAACGGUCCAACUUUUCUAAACAUGUUGGUCAAUCAGAGUGUUACCUAUGGUAUUUAUCUUCUUGGUACGUUCCGAUCGAAUAUUAUACUUUUCCACAAGUUUCAGUAUUUUUUUAGGCCCCGGCGUUCAACUCCUCCUCUCCAUUAACCGGCUUCUAGUAAUGUUCUUUGUGAAACAGUCCUCCACUCAAAAUAACCAAAAAAUCACUCUGACCAGUUUGGGAGUCUUCUGGAUCGUUUCCCUAACGAUCACGGGCCUAGGGACCGGCGGUACAUAGUCCCAAGCCCAUUGAUUAGUAAAAUUCUCGCUUUUCAGACGCCUGCAAUAUAGUUUACGUGCCGGAUCUGUUGAAUUGGUGGAGUAACGGAUGUGAUGACGUCAUGGCGAAGGGCGUCACGAGUUUCGUCCUUUUCUGCGGAGCCUUUUCGAUUGUCUGCAACCUUUUUGUGGUCUUCAAAUUGAUUUCUAGCACGGCAAGUGUUUUCGACGUUUCGCAACAAAAUUCAUCAUGGCGCACGGUCUCCAGAGCUGACAAUAUGGGCGUGGCCCCGGCGGCCAAAUGGCGUUUUCAUGAAUUGAGCACGUUUUCUCUGAUUUUUGCGGUCAACGGCGAUGAAAAAUGAUUGUUCGACAAGGAAAACACACUAAUUCUCAGAAUUAAUGACGUUUUGGCGCAUUUUUCGCGGACUUUGCUUUUUCGCCUUCUCAUUUUGCGCUUUUUUGACCGUUUUCAGACAGAAUUGGUUUUGAGAAUGAUAAAUCACGUAAAUAUAAGCAUUUUGAGCGCUCGAACCGCGAAAACUACCGAAAAGCAACUGAAAUUCACGCAUUUUUAGCCAAAAACCUUCAAACGGAUAAAUUUGAUUUACGACUUGACCAAAUUUAACGCUCUUUCGCUUAAAAAAUUCGUAAUAGCCUAUAGAAUCGGUCUAUCGAGAGACAAAUGAGAAAUUAUCGGUUUUUCGUGGCUAAUCUGGCGAAAAACACAAAUUUUUGCUGUUAAAAUUUGAAUUUCGCGCCAACGCAUCGCUCUAUUGGGCGGGGCGCACUUGCGCGCCCAUUGUCAGCAGCUCUGGAGGCGUCAACGUUCAGAACACUGGAGUAAUGGACGCAGAGUCGAGUCGCAUUCGGCGGCAGAAGUCUCGCAACCUGUUCAUCCAGAACUGCAUUCAAGAUUGUCUCUUUGUCACGGACACCCUCAACAGCUUUUUCUUUGCCGAAAUGUACGAGAAUGUGUUGUUCCGUUUCACGUUCAACUUAUUCUCAAAUCUGAUGACGCACGUCAUUGAUGGGUAUGCAUAAUUUCGAACCUAGUAGACACAUAGCAAAUGCUGAUUGUUUUUCAGGUGCAUUAUGCUAAUUUUCACGUACGAGAACAAAGCGGAACGGUUGAAAGUGUUGGCCGUGAAAAGUAUUACCGUCUCUCAGGCAUCCCGGUUUUGAGUGAAGAUUAUAUAUUGACACGUGGCAAGUGUUAUUGUCCUCCUGAAAUGCUUUUGUUUUCCCUCUUUCCACUAAUAAACUUGUUAUUCGUCUUGCACCUGUGCCGACCAAUUCCACAUAAACUCACUUCACAUUCCCGUCAAGAAAUGAGCGAGAAAUGGUUGAAGUACUCGAAUUUAACUCAAGAAUGGCUGCGAAACGAGCUGGUGUCCGACGAAGGACUCGCCGAGCCCUGGAUGAUAUUGUUGACCGGUUGGAUCAUGAUCUUGUUCUCUUUUAUCGGAAUCGCAAUAAAUGGCAUAGUGUUCUGGAGGUUCAUCUCCCGAAAUAUGCCCACCUUCUAUAUCCUUUGCACUUCGAAAACCGUUUCAAAUAUUAUAGUUCUCCUAUGUUAUUUCCUCUACAACGGCCCAGUUUCUGUGAUGUAAGAUCCAUGUAAAAAGUCUUUAAUUAUCGAAAUCCGUUAAAGGUUCGACGUGCGCACAUUCACCGGCCCUUCUACACUCAACUUUGUUUCCAAUCAAAUGGCCGCCUACAGUAUCUAUCUGCUGGGUCCUUUGACUCAAAUGCUCAUCACUUUCAAUCGAUUCCUCGCGGUUUUCUGUCCGUUUUCGUCGCAUAAAUGGCAUGAAAAGUGCGCGACAUUGAUUGGUUUGGGCGGAUGUUGGACGAUUGGAGUCUACGCGACUGUUUCUCCGGUUAUCAGUGAGUAAGGGAACACGAAGGGGCCAUCAAAAAGUUCCUUGGCGCAUCGAGUGAUUAGGCAACUGGGUCCGAAUUAAUACUAGUAUUUUUAAGUAUACGACAGCCUAUGCCCUACCGUAAUUUAAGCCGUGACAGUCAAGUCAACUGGAAAUCGGUUUUUUGAGCCAUUAUCGGUCAAGAGUGACAAUUUUCAGAAUGCUCUUUAACUGAUCUGUUCUCCUAGAAAAGCUGCACGCACAAAACUCAAAAUUAACUGUGAACAACAACUGAAUUUCUGAUUACUUCAGUCUGUGGGUUAGGCCUAGUACUAGUUUCAUUGAAAACUGACUGAGGAGACCUUUUUCAAAGUUGAACACGCAAAUUUUCUUUCUAAUUUGAAAUUCUAUACUAAUCAUUCAAUGUUUCUGUUCAUCAAAAACGUGUUAGCAAACGACAAAAUCCUUUUUUCGACGUAUUGUUUGAAACUUUCAAUUUUUCUCAUUUCCCAGUAAACCAAUUGGGACGGAAGUUGGAAGAUGAACCCAUUAGUACGUCCUGAAGUUUGGUACAGGGCGGUCCACUUUGAAGGCUACUUUCCAAGUCAGAAUUCCAUUUUUCAGGAGGAUGCAUGGCGUUUUACUACGUGGAAACGAUCACCUGGUACGAGUGGGGCGCGUGCGUUCAACCGGACGCCGAUCUUCAACUGGAAGGCAUCGCCGUACUGGCAAUAGUCUCGAAUGUCUUCAAUGUGAUAAUAGCUGCCAAGAUUUUGAUAUUAACGGUAACACGCUGAUAGUCAUUUUGUGACCAAUUCAACUUGGAAACCGAUUCAGAAGUCCAAUAAAUUGGUGUCUGAAGUGGUAAAAGUGCGGAACCGUAAAAACCGUCGGCUGUUUGUUCAAAACUGCUUUCAAGACUGGAUUUACGUGUUGGACACUGUGAAUAGCAGCUUUGUCCAUUGGUUUGACAAUCUCAUACUUUUCAAGUUUGCCAAUACCAUUUUAUCCAGUAUUAUGGUCCAUGUGGUUGAUGGAUGCAUAAUGUUGAUGUUCAACUAUCGGAAAAUCAAUGGAAAGAGGAAGAGCAUCACUAAUUUGAAUGUAAUUUCUAGAAAAUGUGCUUGAUUCUGUUGUACACUUUGUUUUUUUUUAAAGGUUCUAGGCAAUGUACCCACCUGACCACCUUGUUUUCCGUCUUCCCACAAAUAAACUUGUUAUUCACCUUUCCUACCAAUUCUCAUAAACUCACUUCACAUUCCCGUCAAGAAAUGUCCGAGAAAUGGUUGAAAUACUCGAACACAACUCAAGAAUGGUUACGAAACGGUUAUGUGCUCGACGAAGGGCUCGCCGAGCCCUGGAUGAUAUUGUUGACCGGUUGGACCAUGAUUUUGUUCUCUUUUAUCGGAAUCGCAAUAAAUGGCAUAGUGUUCUGGAGGUUCAUCUCCCGAAAUAUGCCCACUUUCUACAUCCUUUGCACUUCGAAAACCGUUUCAAAUAUUAUAGUUCUCCUGUGUUAUUUCCUCUACAACGGCCCAGUUUCUGUGAUGUAAGAUCCAUGUAAAAAGUCUUUAAUAAUCGAAAUCCGUUAAAGGUUCGACGUGCGCACAUUCACCGGCCCUUCUACACUCAACUUUGUUUCCAAUCAAAUGGCCGCCUACAGUAUCUAUCUGCUGGGUCCUUUGACUCAAAUGCUCAUCACUUUCAAUCGAUUCCUCGCGGUUUUCUGUCCGUUUUCGUCGCAUAAAUGGCAUGAAAAGUGCGCGACAUUGAUUGGAUUGGGCGGAUGUUGGACGAUUGGAGUCUACGCGACUGUUUCUCCGGUUAUCAGUGAGUAAGGGACCACGAAGGGGCCAUCAAAAAGUUCCUUGGCGCAUCGAGUGAUUAGGCAGCUGGGUCCGAAUUAAUACUAGUAUUUUUAAGUAUACGACAGCCUAUGCCCUACCGUAAUUUCAGCCCUGACAGUCAAGUCAACUGGAAAUCGGUUUUUUGAGCCAUUAUCGGUCAAGAGUGACAAAGAGUUCCUUGGCGCAUCGAGUGAUUAGGCAACUAGGUCCGAAUAAAUUCCACGGCACUUAUUCAGUGGUAGAGCUUUGGCGCUUCGUUUCAAAUACUCUACACUUUGAAGGCUACUUUUCAGGAGAAUGUGUCACGUUCUACUACGUGGAAAUGAUGACCUGGUACGAGUGGGACCCGUGCGUUCAACCGGACGCCGACGUUCAACUGCAAGGCAUCACCGUUCUGGCAGUAGUCUCGAAUUUCUUCAAUCUGAUAAUCAUUGUCAAGAUGUUGAUAUUGAAGGUACUUAAUUGAACAAAGAGAAAAAUUAUAUAUGAACCAGAAGAACUCAUUGCAGAAGUCCAAUCGAGUGGUGUCUGAAACGGCAAAAAUGCGAAACCGUAAAAACCGUCGGUUUUUCGUUCAAAACUGCAUUCAAGACUGGAUUUACGUGUUGGACACUGUGAAUAGCGGCUAUGGUAACUGGUUUGAUAAUCUCAAACUUUUCAAGUUUGUCAAUGUCAUUCUCUCCAAUAUAAUGAUCCACGUGGUCGACGGGUGCAUAAUGUUGAUGUUCAACUAUCGGAAAAUCGAUGAAAAAAGGAAAAGCAUAACUGUUUUCACUAGAAAAUGUGCUUGAUUCUGUUCUCGUGUCAAUAAACGCCUUUUUUGAUCUUUGAUAUUUGGAGAAUAUUGGUUUUUUAAUGCCACACACAAAAUGACGAAACCAACACGUUCAGCAUCAGUUUUUUCCAUCUGUUUGCUUGAAAUGAAGGAGGAAGACUAUGAAUAUUGGACAAUUAUCGAGUUUAUUGGAUGUAAGAGACCAGAAAAAAAGCCAAAGGAAUUAGACCCCAGUGGGGAUCGAACCUGUACCUAGAAUUCGGAACGAAACGCAAAAACACUAUCACUGUGCUACUGUGUCACUUAGAUCUAAUGCUCUCAGGCCGAUGAUAUUCUCGGUGUCAGGAGCUCUUAAAUCGGUGCUCGUAAAGUACCGUUCAAACUUUACCAAUCCGUACCAAACUUCAGGGACAUGAUCCCGGCUGCCUAGAGGGACCAUCUUCCAAGUUUGGUCCCAAUCGGUUCAAGUUGAACGACAGUGGAAUUGCUCUGUCUGUGUUCGUCGCGGUGUUCGAAAACGUGAACAACAAUGCAAUGAAAUCAGCGUUCUCGUGAUUUGAUUGCAUUUUCAGCCAACUUUGCAGUCCCGCUUCCCCCAAAAUACUUCCGUUUUGUCGAUUAUUCGUUUCAAGCCCGCCGAAACGUGGAAUUGAAUGGGAUUACGCGUGUCUGGUGAGCGCCGAUAAUUUCCAUUAUUUUCGGGGGUGUAAUUGGCGACCACGCGCAGUCUUUUGACUUUUUUUUCCAGCUCCGUCACCUGAUAUGUCACUCUCGAAUGAGACGCUUGAGCAGAUUUGGAUUGAGGACACCCGACCGGACGACGUCGCCGAGCCGUGGAUGACCAUUUCGGCAGGCAUUUUUAUGAUCGCCGUGAGUCGAGUACAUAGAUUUUGUUCUUUUUUCAAACGUUUUUGAAACUGAGUAGAAUUCCGCGAGAUUUCGGAGCGAAUUUCGUGUUUCUCGCAAAACUUUUUGUUGUUAUUCCCAAAAUAGCCUAGUACACGAUUUGCUAAUCUUUUCACCUUCUUUCCAAUCAACCAGGUGCCAAAGUUCGAAAAGAGUACACUUUUUGCGUACUUUUCAGCGAAAAACCGGAAUAUUAUCACUGUUUCAGCCAGUUGACAAAUUAUGAACCCGAAAGAACCACACUUUUCCCACUUUCCAGAUAUUACUGAGCACAAAAGAAAUUUGACCCCAAUUGGGAUCGAACCCAAGCCGUUUGUUUGAAACGAAAUGCAAAAAUGCAACCACUGCGCCACGCGCAUGUCACUGAGGUAUAGCGCUCAGGGCUAAGACAUUCCCGGUGAUUUCCCGGGUUUACCUUCUAAAUAUGGUCCCAAUCGGUUAUCCUUGCAGACGUCGACGUUCGGAAUCUUCAUAAACAUGCUCGUUCUGAGUCGUUUCGUCGCCAAAAACAUGCCGAGUUUCUACAUAAUGUGCUCCUCGAAAACCGUCUCCAACUCGAUCGUCCUCUUCAGCUAUCUCAGUUUCAACGGCCCCGUUUCUGUGAUGCAAGUUUUUAAGAAGCGGUAAUUUCUCAAUUAAUAAAUUUCUAGACGAUUAUAUUACGGUCCGGACUUUCUGAAUAUGAUACUCAAUCAAAUCGCCGCCUAUGGAAUCUAUAUUCAAGGUGAAUAAAAUAGUACUUUCAGCCGAAACUUGAAAGUUUUAGGUCCAAUGACCCAAGUGUGUAUAUCAUUUAAUCGAUUUCUGGUGAUUUACUUUGUUUCGCUGGCAAAACGGAAAAACGGACAAAGUGCAACUAUUGUCGCUCUCUCGAUUUGCUGGUUCAUCUCAUUCCUAGUCACUAUUGCCGGUAUUCCGGGUACGUUUCGCUGUGAAAAGCGUCCCAAUGGAUAUUGUACAUUUAGAAAACUGCACGAACAUCUACAACUUCGACAUUCUCACCUGGGACAACUUGGAUCCGUGCGUCGACGUGCUCGCCCAACUCGUCAUGUACUGGAUCGGCGUGUUAGCCGUCAUUUCCAACACGUUCAACCUGGUCGUCGCUAUUAAAUUGGUCGUUUCUGCGGUAAAACGAUUCUUGUGGUCGCUACAGUAACCCGAGGUAAUUCAGACCAAACAACACCUCGAUUCGGUGGCCACAAAACGUCGGCGCCGAACUUCGCGACGUCUCUUUCUUCAGUCGUGCUUCCAGGACUGGAUCUACCUGAUUGACACCCUUAAUAGCAUGUACGUCUACGCGUGGAGUUCGGAUAUUGUAUGGCAGUUUGUGUUCACCAUCUUUUCCAAUCUGUUCGUUCAUGUCGCUGACGGGUCAGUUUGAAAGUUAGAUUGAAGGAAAAGUGCAAAAAAAAAAUGCUGGUUUCAGGUGUAUAAUGCUGUUUUUCAACUAUGAAAAGAAGCCGAAAGCGUUGCUGGUGCCCUUGGCGUUGAGAAAACACGAAGUCACGAUCAAUGUCACGUUUUGA